CUUUGCACAAGCUUCUCAGUCCAGGGGAGCUGUUUCAAAAAGUGAAUCCAAUAUCUGUCAGAAAGAUUUCAGACACUGCUUCUAUGUUGCCUCUGCUCUGGUGUUUCCUCCUUUCCCUCCUCAGGACAGAAAGAGCAGUUUCAGAUUCUUUGUUUGUAAUGAAGAAUAAAAGCACUGAUAUAGCUCCUCUUGGGAACAACGUGACCCUGAAAUGUAACUUGACGAUCCCAGUAGAUGUUCUGCAGAUUACCUGGCAAAAGGUCCAAGGGUCCGUACCAGAAAACAUAGGCACCUACAGCAGCCAGUAUGGUAGAAAAAUUUUCCCACCAUACAAUGAAAGGAUCCACCACAGCAGUGAAGAACUGACAUCGUCAAGCAUGACUAUAUACAAUGUGACCUUGGAGGAUGAUGCAUGUUACAAAUGUCUCUUUAAUGUUUUUCCAAAUGGUAUCCAUGAAGGACAAAUGUGCUUCAGUGUACAAAGUAAAUGGAAAACUAUGUCUGAAUUAAGAAUUGAGUGCCAUCCUCAUCCCAAUGAGGGAAUCCUUAUAGCCAUCUGCUCAGCUACAGGAAAACCUACCCCUCGCAUCACCUUUUCCCAUGAGAGCCUGCUGUUGGAAUCGCCUAAGGAACACAUUGAUCAGAACCCAGACGGCAUAGCUAAUGUCACCAAAUGGUAUAACAUGUCACUGGAGGCUAUGAGAUCUUUGAAACUUUGGAAUGUAUCCUGUGACAUGGAUCAUCCCCUAAAGAAGAUAAAAAAAAUGUUUGUUAUCCUCAGGAAUCAGAAUCCAUUUCCAAUCACUCAUCAUUGAGGGUAUGUGAACACCUGAUAGCAUCUCUCUUCAUGUGCCCAUGAUAUUCAUUAUCUGUUUUCUAAUCUUCAAAAUAAAAAGGAUAAAGAAUACAAAUAAUCACAGCUCUGGUCAAAAUCUUUCCUUUGAGAAACCAAAGAAAGAGAAGCCCAUGGAGCCAGACCCCAAGAAAGAGAAUAUUCUCAAUCACAAUGAGAAAAGCAUGUGAAUAACGAAACUUAUAAGAAAAGAAGAAAAAUGAGUAAAUAAUCUAGAAAAGAAACAGCACAAUGAAUAAUUAUUCUGCAGUGAUAGGAAGUAAGUCAGAAAAAAACUAUGAAAAAGUAAACAUGAUAAUAAAUUCUAUAGGAUUUUAAGAAGUAAUGGAACAACAGAAAGAAACUGCAGAAAAGUUUAAAAAGAACACUUAAAGGAAAAUAUGAAAAACAAGAAAUUUAGGAAAAAAUCAGUAAGAUGAACAAUGGAGUAGAAAUAUUAGAAUUCAUGAUGGAAUAUCUCUCCAAAAGGAUGCUCUGAAAAAAGAGAAUAACAUAUUUGGAACUCAAAAAUAGAAAACUGAAAGAACAUUUUGAAAAAUAACCAUAAAAUAAGCAAUAUUGGAAAAACACUUUAGUUAUGGGCAAACCAAAGUUACUGACCUUGAAGAAAGGAUAUUCAGAAAUAAUUUAAAGAUUCUAACAAUCAUGAGGGGGAAACUGACAAAUUUAAAAGCUACAGCAGGAAAUAGUGAAAUAAAGUGGUCCCAAACAUAGUGAAACUAGAGGGCAAAGCGCAUAUUGGAAGACUCUAAGAUGAUUGAUAAGGCAGCUAAGUUGUGCAGUGGAUAGAGUGCAGGGCUUGGAGUCAGGAAGAUGUAAAUUCAAAUCUGGCCUCAGACACUUAGU